UAGACACAUUUUUGUGCACAUGUUAUCACGACGCGGAGUUGUACGUUGUACUCCUAUCGCGCGCAACCCACCAGAUACAACAGGUCUGUUGUAAUAAAAACAAUGAUGCUAUAGACAUGGUUGACCGACACUUUCAGACUAUCGACCCAGAAGACAUAAAAUCCAGGCCAAGAUGGGGAAGUCUGGCUAACGAGCGAACUCUAUUAGAAAUAUUUGAAAGGGAUCACUCGGCACUACAGCCAACAUCACUCACUUUAGCAGCCGUUAACUCAAAUAUCUAUGCUAGAAGACAUUCUGCACAUGCCUACUCCACUUCAGAAGAAAAUGCGAAACAUCCAGCAUCAAUUCAGGCUUCAAUUUCCAUACGUCCACCACCAGUACCAAAAAGAAAUUUGCCUGUUACUACAAAUACAACUAACCAGGUAAAAGUAGUGGCACAUGUUAAGUCAGCAGAGCCUCCACCACUUCCUCCAACCCCAAAAUGUCGUGCACUACCCACUAUAUUUUCUGAAAACAAACCCAAACCACCUGCUCGUCAUAUUUCAAAUGAGAUCAGUAACAUCAAUCGACGACUUGAUUUCAAUAGAAACUCCUGCCCCAAACAAAACUGUAAAUCAUCUACAUAUAAGUUGCCGCCAGUACCUAUAGGACCUCCCCCUCCCGCACCCGGAUCUAAAUGUCAUAGAACUAAUAACUCAACAAACAAAGCUCAAGGCCAGCAUUCCCAAGGGAAAGUAUCCAUAAGACAAGAUUCUAGUAUAUCAAGCGACAGUUUCAGUCAAACUUCAUCUCCAAGCUAUACAACAAAAACAAUGGAAACUCCUUUACUGCCCCCAAAAACUCCCGUGAAAGAAAAUGGUGUUCACAUAUCAAAGGCGAAAACUCCGGAUGAUGACCCAAAUGGAAAUCCUAUGAUUACUAAAAGUGCAUCAACACCCGCAAGUCUACAAACUAUCGUCAGAUUCCACAAUGGUUCCAACAUGUCUCUUCAUCACAGGAUAAUUAGAGAUAUGCGACGACCUUCGUCAAUGUACACCAAUAGAUUAAAGUUCAGAUUUGCACAGUUGGUCAUUAACGCUGUAGCACUUUUCGCUAUUGGAGCUGGAAUGGCUGCUUACUUCAAAGCCUACCCUACUUCAGUUAAAGUAGUUAAUAAAUCUUUAAACGUAACAACUAAUCCAAUAAUAGUAGAAAAGAAGAGUGAAAAUCCAGCUCCUGGUAUAUGCUUGCCAGUCAUAGUACAGUUUUGUAAACAGCAUAGGAUACCGUACAAUUUCACAGUUUUCCCAAACUAUAUUGGUCAUUUUGGACAAAGGGAUGCAGAACAAGAGUUGGAAGUGUAUGAUGCUGUGGUCGACGUGAAAUGCUAUGAUUUGGCAGCACUGUUCCUCUGUUCCUUAUUUGUUCCAAAGUGUGGGCCAACAGGAGGGGUUGUUAGGCCUUGUAGAAGCUUAUGCCUCGAAACGAAAAGGCGAUGUGGCUUUUUCUUGGAUGUAUUUGGUUUAGCGCUACCCGACUACCUUGAUUGCGAAUUAUUUCCAGAAUCUGUCAAUCCUAGUCAAUGUGUAGGGCAUCAUGAAGUUAAGUUAUCUAAACUACAAGCUGCUAAACCUGUAUGCGAUUUCGGAUUCCAGUGUGACGUAAAGCGUUGCAUUCCAAAAGACUGGCAAUGUGAUGGCCAUGUGGACUGUAAAGAUCAAUCUGAUGAAUUGGAGUGUCACAAAUGUGGUGCAGGUAUGAUCAAUUGUGGAGCUGAUAAAUGUAUCACGCAGGAACAUCUGUGCGAUGGUAAAGUCGACUGCCCUUGGGGACAAGAUGAGAGGAAUUGCCUUAGGCUGAGUGAACGAAAUGGAGAUGAAGGAAAAGGCCAAUUAGAAGUAUAUCGACCAAAUCAAGAAAAAUGGGUGCCAGCAUGUGUAGUCCACUGGGAUGAUAGAACGUCUGCCAAAACCAUAUGUUCGCUACUCGGAUAUUCGAAGGCGAAUUAUAGUCGUCUAUUACAGGGAGUGGAUAUUCAAUCUCCUAUUAUUCACGAGACUACAGCAAUUUGGAGAUUUAAUCAACAUAAACGCCCUAAGAAUUUAAUCAGAGAAUUUGCAGCUUGUCCAGAAAAGAAUUAUCCAACUGUGCAUCUAUCUUGUACCAACUAUGCAUGUGGUAGAGUUCGUAAAACAUACGACGCUUCUGACAACAAUAAAAAGAAACAUGAACAACGACAAAAUAGAAUCGUGGGUGGAGUUAGAUCCAAGCCAGGUGAUUGGCCUUUUUUGGCAGCGCUCCUCGGUGGGCCAGAAGAAAUAUUUUACUGUGCGGGAGUGCUAAUUGCUGAUCAAUGGGUCCUCACAGCAUCACAUUGUGUGGGAAAUCAUUCAGACGUAUCUGGUUGGACGAUUCAGUUAGGCAUAACGAGAAGACACGCACAUUCUUUUUAUGGACAAAAAAUGAAAGUCAAACGUGUGGUUCCACAUCCUAUGUACAAUAUCGGAGUUGCUCAUGAUAAUGAUGUUGCACUUUUCCAGCUUUCCAAUAGAGUGACAUUCCACGAACAUCUUUCCCCUGUCUGUCUACCUCCAGCUGAUAAAGACCUUAAGCCAGGAACUAAGUGUACAGUAAUUGGCUGGGGCAAAAAGGAAGACACCGGAUUAUCCGAAUAUGAGCCAGAAAUCAACGAAGUAGUGGUCCCAGUAUUAAAUAGAGACCUUUGUAACGCGUGGUUAGAAAAUAGGGAUUUGAAUGUUACCGAAGGAAUGAUUUGUGCGGGAUAUAAGGAAGGAGGCAAAGAUGCUUGUCAGGGCGACUCAGGAGGACCGUUAUUAUGCCAUGAUACUGAAAAUGGGGACUCAGAAACAUGGUUUGUUGGAGGAAUUGUGAGUUGGGGUAUCAAAUGCGCUCAUCCUCACCUUCCAGGGGUAUAUGCGUACGUUCCAAAGUAUAUAAAAUGGAUAGAACAACAGAUAACAAAGUAUUCCGGAGAUUAGAAUGAAAAAUUAAUAGAAAUUAUGAGUUUGAUAUCGACAAUAAUGAAACAAUAUUGAAUGGUACAAAUUAUACAAGGUAACCUAUAUGAUUUUCUAUGGCAAUUUACAAACAAAGAGGAAAACUUUGUUAAACCUCGUGGUAUAGCUGAAUUUCUUCCUGUCAUCAUUACUUAUACUUCAAUACCAGAACUACGCACAAUAUCUAUUGAUUGAUUGAUUGAUCCUUUUUAGUGAUAUCUUGUGACAAUUCACACCUAGUGUUCGAGCGGACCGCCACAUGUGAUUUGAAUUAUACAGUUGUAAAAUUUACACAAAUUGUGACAUAUUUUAAAAACUAACUUUCACCGUUGCAUACCCCUUAAGAUUACCAGAAUUUUUAUUAAGCUUCAUUCUAAGAGAUACUGUUACUAAAAAUCUUGAAAACACAUAAUAUUUAAUAUAUAUUUCUUUAACUUACCCAAGAUUAUUUAAAUAUAAAUCAACAAUAAAGAAGUUAUUCCGCGCUUGUAUCAUUGUGUAGCAAACGCGAGAUUCAUGAGAAAAAGAAAAUUGUAAAAUGAAGGCAUGUUAGUUAACAUAAUAUAUCAGCUCGUGUGAUACAAAAAAAUAAAAAAAA